AUAAGAUAAACACUCCUUAAAUCACUCAUACCAACUAAAGCCCCACCAGCAUUCAUCAAAACAAAUGUUGUACAGAGGCAUAGCCUCGACUAGAAACUUGUUUCUAACUCUAAUCAACAGAGUCUCAACUCUCCACCAGCUCAACCAAACACAUGCCCAAAUCAUUCUCAACGGUCUCCAUAACGACCUCGUAACUGUCACCAAACUCACCCACAAGCUCUCACACCUCAAAGCCAUAGACCAAGCCUCUCUGCUCUUCUCUACUAUCCCCAAUCCUGAUCUUUUCCUCUACAAUGUCCUUAUCAGAGCCUUUUCUCUCAAUAACUCACCUUCUUCAGCUGUUUCUCUCUACACCCAUCUUCGGAAAAGUACUCCUCUUGAGCCUGAUAAUUUCACCUAUGCCUUUGUUAUAUCGGGUGCGUCUUCGCUUGGGCUGGGGUUGUUGUUGCAUGCGCAUUCCAUUGUUGCUGGUUUUGGCUCAGAUUUGUUCGUGGGAUCUGCUAUCGUUGCCUGUUACUUCAAGUUUUCGCGGGUCGCGGCUGCAAGGAAGGUGUUUGAUGGAAUGCUGGAGAGGGAUACGGUGUUAUGGAAUACGAUGGUAUCUGGGUUGGUGAAGAAUUCUUGUUUUGAUGAGGCGAUUCUAAUUUUCGGGGAUAUGGUUAAGGGGGGAAUUGGGUUUGAUUCCACCACUGUGGCUGCUGUUCUUCCUGGGGUGGCAGAGCUGCAGGACUUGGCAUUGGGGAUGGGGAUUCAGUGUUUGGCGAUGAAAGUUGGGUUUCAUUCACAUGCUUAUGUUAUUACGGGAUUGGCUUGUUUGUAUUCAAAGUGUGGAGAGAUUGAGACAGCAAGGUUGUUGUUUGGACAGAUUGGGCAGCCCGAUUUGGUUUCUUAUAAUGCAAUGAUAUCUGGGUACACUUGCAAUAAUGAGACUGAGUCUUCAGUUAGGCUUUUUAAAGAAUUGCUUGUUUCUGGGGAAAAAGUCAAUUCAAGCUCAAUUGUAGGGUUGAUUCCUGUGUUUUUUCCAUUUGGUCAUCUGCAUCUUACUCGCUGCAUUCAUGGUUUCUGUACAAAAUCUGGUGUGGUUUCUAAUUCUUCAGUUUCAACUGCAUUAACUACAGUUUAUAGUAGAUUGAAUGAGAUUGAAUCUGCAAGGCUGCUUUUUGAUGAAUCUUCAGAGAAGAGUUUGGCAUCUUGGAAUGCUAUGAUCUCAGGUUAUGCCCAGAAUGGGUUAACAGAGAAGGCAAUAUCACUUUUCCAGGAAAUGCAGAAGUGUGAAGUCCGUCCAAAUCCCGUCACUGUUACAAGUAUUCUUUCAGCUUGUGCUCAACUUGGUGCUCUAAGUCUAGGAAAAUGGGUCCAUGAUUUAAUUAACAGAGAGAGUUUUGAGUCCAAUAUAUUUGUCUCAACGGCUCUAAUUGACAUGUAUGCAAAAUGUGGGAGCAUUACUGAGGCUCAAAGAUUAUUCAGCAUGAUGCCAGAAAAAAAUGCAGUUACUUGGAAUGCAAUGAUUUCUGGCUAUGGCCUCCAUGGAUAUGGCCAUGAAGCGCUAAACCUUUUUAAUGAGAUGUUGCAUUCUAGGGUUUCCCCAACUGGGGUUACAUUCCUUUCUGUCUUAUAUGCUUGCAGUCAUGCUGGUUUAGUUAGAGAAGGAGAUGAGAUUUUCCGUUCUAUGGUCCAUGAUCAUGGCUUUGAGCCCUUACCAGAGCAUUAUGCCUGCAUGGUUGACCUCCUUGGCCGAGCUGGAAAUUUGGACAAGGCCUUGGAUUUUAUAAGGAAAAUGCCAGUUGAGCCGGGUCCUCCAGUGUGGGGUGCAUUACUUGGUGCUUGUAUGAUCCACAAGGAUGCAAACUUAGCUCGUCUGGCUUCUGAUAAGCUGUUUGAAUUGGACCCUCAAAAUGUGGGGUACUAUGUUUUACUUUCUAACAUAUACUCGGCUGGCCAAAAUUAUCCUGAGGCUGCUUCUGUACGAGGAGUAGUUAAGAGGAGGAAGCUUGCAAAAACUCCUGGUUGCACUCUAAUUGAGGUUGCUAACACCCUACAUAUCUUUACAUCUGGUGAUCAGUCCCACCCUCAAGCAACAGCAAUCUAUGCAAUGCUGGAGAAGUUAACAGGAAAGAUGAGGGAGGCUGGAUUUCAGACAGAGACUGGCACAGCUUUGCAUGAUGUGGAAGAGGAAGAGAAAGAGUUAAUGGUAAAGGUUCAUAGUGAGAAGUUGGCAAUUGCUUUUGGGCUCAUUACUUCUGAGCCUGGAACUGAAAUCAGAAUCAUCAAGAAUCUACGGGUUUGUUUAGACUGUCACAAUGCAACCAAAUUCAUUUCCAAAAUCACAGAGAGAGUGAUUGUUGUUAGGGAUGCUAAUAGAUUCCAUCAUUUCAAAGAUGGUAUUUGUUCUUGUGGAGACUACUGGUGAACAAAAUUGUACGAUACUACAAUUAAGGCAUGCAGAGUGGAUAUGCUGGCACUCAUUAGUUUCAUAAUGCUUAUAUGGCAAUACAAGAGACUACAUACUCCCGAUAUGCAUGAUCUUCUGCGCGCUCAAUGCUGACCAGUACCAUCUUUGAAAUUGUUGCAAGCAAGUGGAUGGGACAAAGUACUACUGUUUCCAUACCCUGACAUGGCCUGCCAUGAUAACAACAAUUAAGUUAUAUUUUUUUUUUCCUCAUAAAACUAAUAAAAAUUGAGAAUCUUUGUUUUA